GAGAAUAUGUGCGAGAAAAUGAGCACGAGUCCCUUUUUUAGCGAGAUGGUUCUUCUUUCAUGCCGAACUGAAUCAGAAGUGCCGUUUCUGUCUCUAUCUCGUGUCAUUCACCCUACAUUCCCUUCAUGGGCGAAUAUCUCCAUGACGACCCCAUCCUCUGUCUCUCCAUCUCCGGUCUCUUUCGCCCUCUCUCUCUCUCUCUCUCUCUAGUGUGCGUCAUGAAGAUGAAAAGUGCCUAAUCCCCUUGUGGAACUCAGUCUAACAGACACACAUGCAGAAUCCCAGCUUUUGGGAAGACGUCACACACAAGCGCGUCACUCUCUCCGAGUGAGCGCGGCUUUACAGCGGGAAGCGGCGGAUGGAGAAGGAAGAAGAGAGAGAGGGAGGGUGGCGAUAAACGCUUAUUGUUCUUGAGGAGCCUGAACUGGAGGUGUGGCAUCUGCCGGGCGUUGUCGUGGAGACAGAGUGCUGGCUGUUCCCUCUUCCUCUUAGCUGAUCGCUCAGACGCUGAUCACAGGGACGCUGAUCCUUAUGGCAUCUAGAACAGCAGCCACAGGUGGCCAUGCUGUUCUCUCCGUUCUCUUGUGCUCUGGGGCUCUCCCUCCUGCCACUCCUCCUGUUUCAGUGCCCCACCCACGCCUGCCCUGCCCGCUGCGAGUGCUCUGUGCCCACGCGUUCUGUGUCAUGUCAUCGCAGGCGGUUAGCGCAGGUGCCUGAAGGCAUCCCUAUAGAGACAAGGGCAUUGGACCUUAGUAAAAACCGGCUGCGAAUUGUGACGCCACAGAACUUCUCCUCACUGCUGUUGCUAGAGGAGCUAGACCUCAGCAACAACCUGUUGUCAUCUGUGGAACCUGGCAGCUUCCGCGCUCAGCCACGGCUACGCUCGCUCCGACUGCGCAGCAAUCAGUUGACUCUGCUUCCGCGCGGUGCACUGGCUGGCCUCAGCGAGCUCACUCUGCUGGAUGUCAGUCAAAAUCGUCUUGUUAUUCUGCUGGACUACGGUUUUGAGGAGCAGCGGAGGCUGCGGGUACUAGAGCUGAGUGAUAAUGAGCUAGUGUUUAUCGCCCCACGGGCCUUUAGCGGCCUGGCAUCCCUGCGCUCUCUAACGCUGCAGCGAUGCAACCUGAGCACAGUGCCCACGCAUGCUCUCGCACAUCUGCAUGGUCUAACCAGCCUGCGGUUGCGGGACUUAGGCAUUGCGGAGCUUCAGGCACACGCGUUUAAGGGUCUACCACGACUGAAACACCUGGAAGUGGACCGCUGGCCUUUGUUAGAAGGGUUUCCGACCUCCGCUUUGCAGGGGCUGAACCUCAGCACACUGUCCAUUACCCACACCAACUUGACGUCCGUGCCAGUGGUGACGCAUCUGUUGUAUCUAACGCAUCUCAACCUGUCUUACAGCCGUAUACGUGUCCUGCCAGCAGGGUGGUUGCGAGGAAUGGACCGGCUGGAAGUCAUACGUGUGCGACAGUCUAACCUGCUCAGCGUGGAACCCCAAGCCUUUCAAGGAGCCUCCUCACUCCGCCUUCUUGACCUUUGUUACAACCGCCUUUCCACGCUCGAGAGGAGUGUUUUUCCUGCUUCUGAGGCCCUGCAGACUCUUCUGAUUGGCCAGAACCCAUUAGUGUGCGAUUGUCGUCUACGCUGGCUCCUGGAGAGGACUCCUCCAUUGCUGUACGGUGAUGUUCAACCUGAAUGUAGUGCUCCUGCUCCCUUGGCUGGGAAGCCUCUAAGGGACCUGACGGAAACUCAGAUCUCUCGCUACGUUAUUUGCACCAAGCCCAGGGUUGUCUCCAUGGCAAGUUACCCAGCACAAGCGGAAGAAGGACAAAGAGCUUGGCUAUACUGCAGUUCAGAUGGGUCUCCACCUCCUUCUGUGUCAUGGCUAACACCUCACAGGCGACACAUUACCACAAAGAGUACGGGAAGAAUAGUGGUCCACACCAAUGGCUCACUGGAGUUCCGCAUGGCAGAGCCUCAGGAUAGCGGCAUGUACGUAUGUGUGGCAUCGAACCCAGCGGGCAAUGCCACUCUGUCCAUCACGCUUGGUGUUAAAAGUUCAGGAAUCAGGGACAGAGCCCUUUACGCCAACCGCAGCUAUCUAUUCGACUCCGACUACAACAGUUCCCUGAUUAAUGGCACGGAGGAGUACACCAUCAGGGUGGUGCUGGACUUCACCACCAUCCUGGUCUCCACAGCAAUGGGCUGCCUCAGCUUCCUGGGUGUUGUUUUGUUCUGUUUCUUGUUGUUGUUUGCAUGGAGCCGUGGCAAAGGGAAGCACAGAGGUAGCGUGGACAUUCAGUACGUCCCACGAAAGCGGAAAGGCGCAAACUCAGAACUUACAGAAACAAGCGGGCCCAGACGAGUCAACAUGAAGAUGAUCUAAACUUUUUAUACAUGGCCGAGGAUUUCACGGGUUGCAUGGUCGCAUUUGCGUGUUUGUUGGACUUUGUGAGUCUUUGGGUAUAUGUGCUGCAAAACAUGCAAAGGAUGUAUUUAAUCAUGAGAGUUUACAUGUGGUAUCCCAAUGAAAAAAAAGAAAGAAAAAGAAAAACGCCAAACCGUAUAAUGCGCGUCUUCUGCGAUGCUUCAUCUGUGGAAAGCAUUAUUUGGACAGUGCAGACGAGAAUAAGUUCAAGUUAUUGUAUAUAUUUCAUAUUUGUGGGAAAGAAUGGUAUAUUUCUAUAUACAUAUAUAUAUAUAUAUAUGAAUAUAUCUAUUUACAGAUACGUUACAAUUACCUUUCAAAACGCUGCAAAAACUCAAGUUGUCUUCCCCAAUAAGCAAAGUAUCUACUGGAAAAAGCCUCGGCAGUGCUGUGUUGUGAAGUGUUUGGUUUUGCUCAGAAUUCCUGUUCUCCUGGGACAUCCUCUUCUUAGCAGAACCUCCGGGGGAACCGGAGAGUUUUCUGCCAUUUUGUUGUAAAGAUGUUAAAAUGCAAGAAGCCGUUUGACAUGGUGGGUUCCAGGGGCUGUAUUUGUGACUCAGUGGAAGUCUGUGGAACUGUGUGAAAAUGUUCUUUUCUUUUCUUAUGUUCUGUCAAAUGCUGCUCAAAUGUUUUUACAUACUAAAUAUCUGGUUAUAUUUUCCAAAGAAAAUAAAUAUAAAUCGUUCAGCUUGAUAACCGUCAUCUCAAAUCGUAUUCUUGCCCAUGUCAAAUAGAUAUGAACCUACACCUUGUUAGCCUUAUUGCUUUUGGUGCCUCUCUGUAUUUGUUUUCUUUAUAUUUCGCACAGCUAUAUUUUUACACACAUAUCCAGCUUCUCAUGAAGCAUAAAUUGUCCUUUUACAUGUUUUGUAAAAUUUGGCAUCUCACUAAAAAGGACGUCUCAAGUAGAUGUGACUCAAUUUCUUCAAACAAACACAUAAAUAGCAAAUACUCCAUUACAGUACAGUAGAUGUCUUGGUGGUGACCUUUUUUAGAGCUCUUAAAAGCAUGAAAUGGAUUUAUAUUUGUCCCUGUCUGCUUCCUUUGACGUCACAGCUCAGGAUAGUCACUAGUGAAGGGUUUGGGAUUGUGCAUGUACUUGUGGUGUGAUCAACAAAUCAAUGUAGUCGUGAUGUCAUUUUCCUACUUCUCUAGGGUAAAAAGACCUGGCUCAAAAAAUGGUAUUAAAAACAGUUCCCAUGAGCAAGGAUGGCAGACUUCCAGGUGGUCACAUACCAGGCAAGCGGUUGCCGCUAAAAUGAAUGGGAAUUCUUACUGAUAGCUUUCUUCUGGUAUUAUUGACCUACUUGAUUCAGGUGUACAAGCGCAAAGCUGCUAAAGCUUUAUUGAUUUUUACUUAGUAAUCUAAAUUGGUCAGGCAGGAGUAUUUAGAAUAUUCAUGCAAUAUUUCACAAUUUCACAUUUCACAUUCAUAUCCAUUAAUUUGAUGGGUGAAACUCACACUCCUCGGUCUGUAAUUAUCUGUAGUACAUUCAUAUUAUAUUUCUUUUGUUGUACUGAAUACAAAGGACUCCUCCUCUCGUGUCUUAAUUUUUUUUUCAAUACAUAAAGGCCUAAGCUAUAUUUGUUUGAUUUUGUCUAUGGUGUCAUAUGAUUCCUUGUUCUACAAGUGUCAUUUUUAAAAUCCUCACUCCAAAUCUUGAUGUCAGAUGUAUUACAUCUAAGCAUUUAAUUACCUACUUCUUGUCGUUCAGGUUAGACCUCGUACAUUGCAACUUGAAGCUAUAUUUCUACUGUAUUUCUUCCUGACUCCAUCUUAAAUCAAUUUUAAAAAGGAAAGACCGAUGGCUAAAAAUUGUAUUUGAUAUAAGCACUACACUAAAUUAAAUUUAGCCUAUCCAAACAGAUUAUUAUUUAGUCUUUCCUCCACUUAAACUGCUUUAGAUUGAUUGUAUUACACAAAAGCGCAAGGACAGAGUUUUCCAUCAAGACUACGUGCCUCAGGAUACUACUUUUUGUCCUCUGUGCAAAAAGUAGUCCAGAUGUAUUAAGGAAACUGCAGGCCAAACCGUUAACCUCUAUGUGCUACACUUCCCACUACCUUAAAGUACCCUGAAGGUUUGCUGGUCUUCAUAAGCUUGUUUUGCUACUCAAUCAAAAGAUUCUAAAUAUACCUGAACUAAUCAUGUCCAUGCCUAUGACUCACAAACCGAAACAAAAGAAGUAGCUUUUUACGUGUGUGUUAGAGUGUGCGUCAUCAUCAUAUGACUACAUGGUGCUCUGUGGUGAGUCCUUGACCUUGCAGUGUUCUGUCGGGAUGCGUUUGAGGUGAAAAUAUGAGCAGGGGCCACUUUUCUAUGUGAAUGAGUCUUCCUCAGAGACGCAUUAAAGUAUCAGGAACUGAUGCAUAAAGGCUUGCUUUAAGACGGACCUGGGGAACCGCCUACUACGCAAAAGAAAAUGCAAGAGAGAGACAAACAUAUUAGAAGGACUUCAGCACAUCAGUAAUCCAAAGAA